AUGAAGGCGGCAUGGGGGAACAUCACGGACGCCACCAAGGUGGCGGCGGCUCGGAUGAACAGCGACUACAAGGACCUGGACGUGGCGAUCGUGAAGGCCACCAACCACGUGGAGUCGCCGCCAAAGGAGAAGCACGUGCGGACGAUCUUCGCGUACACGUCAGCGUCUCGGCCGCGAGCUGACGUGGCGUAUACGAUCCAUCAGAUAGGCAAGCGGUUGGGCAAGACGCACAACUGGUGUGUGGCGCUCAAGUGUCUGAUGGUGAUGCACCGCACGUUGAGGGAGGGCGACCCCACGUUCAGGGAGGAGCUCAUCAACUACGAGCGCAGGGGGCGCACGCUCAACCUCUCCAACUUCAAGGACGAGUCCGGCCCUGCAGCGUGGGACUACAGCGCGUGGGUGCGCACGUACGCGCUGUACCUGGAGGAGCGCCUCGAGUGCUUCCGCACGCUCAAAUACGACGUCGAGGCCGAAAAGUCCUCGUCGCACAGUCGCACGAGGGAGCUGGACACACCUGACCUGCUGGACCACCUGCCCGCGCUGCAGUCGCUGCUGCACCGACUCAUGGGCUGCCAACCAGAGGGAGCAGCAGCGGGCAGCUUCGUCAUCCAAGCAGCACUCGGCCUGGUGGUGAAGGAGAGCUUCAAGCUGUACCGUGCCAUCAACGACGGCAUCAUCAACCUCGUUGACAAGUUCUUUGAGAUGUCGCGAGUGGAUGCUGCCAAGGCUCUUGCCAUUUACAAGCGAGCGGGCGAGCAGGCGGACCGCCUUUCAUCAUUCUACGACAUGUGCAAGGGCCUCGACCUCUCCAGAAGCUUCCAGUUCCCCACACUCGACCAGCCGCCACAGUCGUUCCUGACGACCAUGGAAGAGUACGACGUGGCGGAGGAGGUGGUGGCAGCGCCCCCCGAUGCAGCAGCCAUCGAGCAGCAGAACGCCCUCGCACUCGCCAUCGUGCCCGGAGACGGAGCCCCUGCGAGUGCGGCACUGCCGGAUGGCAGCACGGGGUGGGAGCUGGCGCUCGUCGCUGCACCCUCCUCCACUGCCGUCGCUGCUCCCAACCCCAACGUCAACUCCAACCUGGCGGGGGGCUUUGACAAGCUGACACUGGACUCGCUGUACGAGGACGCCAUUCGUCGCUCCACCAACUCCUACCAGAACUCCUACGCCACCUCCGGCCCCGCCGGGCCCCCCUCCACCAUGCUCGCGCUGCCCGCGCCCCCCGGGGCCUUCCAGGCCACAGGCCCCGCUGCACCUGGCAUGCAGGGCCCUCACGAUCCCUUCUCCGCCUCCCGCCACGUCCCCCCGCCUACCAACGUGCAGCUUGCUACCCUCGCGCACCAGCAGCAGCAGGCGGGAGGGGGGUUCGGCCCGGGAGGCGGCAUGGGCAUGGGCGGGAUGCCGGGAGGGGGGUAUCCUGGGAGUGCAGGGCAAGGCUUUGGUGGUGGGUACCCGAUGGGUGGCGGGCCAGGGAUGGUGAAUCCCUUUGCUAACCCAUACGGCCCGCCCACUACAUAUGGCUCUGUGGGCAUGCCCCCCCAUGGUGCUGCUGCUGCUCCUGCUGGAGGUCCUGGAGGGUACCAGACAAACCCGUUUGGCAACCCCAGCCUGCUGUGA